AUGCUUCAAGUUCCUAUUCGAGAGCACCCAAAUCAGGCCUCUACCAAGGCUGUGAUUCUGGUCGGUGGCCCCUCGCGGGGUACUCGUUUCCGUCCAUUGUCGCUCGAUGUUCCCAAGCCCCUGUUCGAAGUCGCCGGCCACCCAAUCAUCAACCACUGCUUGAAGGCAAUUGCCAAGGUCCCCGACGUGCGCGAGGUUAUUUUGGUCGGAUAUUACGAUGAGAGCGUCUUCCGUGACUUCAUCAAGGAUUCUGCCAAGGAGUUCCCCCAGUUCCGUAUUCAGUACCUGCGUGAGUACACUGCGUUGGGUACCGCCGGUGGCCUGUAUCACUUCCGUGAUGCCAUUCUCAAGGGCAAGCCCGAGCGAUUGCUCGUUUUGAACGCCGAUGUCUGCUGCUCAUUCCCACUGGGUGAGAUGAUGCGUCUGUUCGAAGAUAAGGAUGCCGAGGCUGUUAUUCUGGGGACACGCGUAAGCAACGACGCUGCCUCCAACUUCGGUUGCAUUGUCUCGGACUCGCACACCAAGCGUGUUCUGCACUACGUCGAAAAGCCCGAGUCUCACAUCUCCAAUCUGAUCAACUGCGGUGUUUACCUCUUCGCCACUGAAUGCAUUUUCCCCGCCAUUCGCAGCGCGAUCAAGCGCCGUACCACCCGUCCUCGCCUCCUCUCCUACCCUUCCUCCGAUAACCUGGAGUCAUCGUUCGUUGCCUCUACCGGUGAUGACGAUGAUACCGAGAAGAGCGAGAUGCUCCGUCUUGAGCAGGAUAUCCUCUCCGAUCUCGCAGAUAGCAACCGCUUCUUCGUCCACGAGACCAAGGACUUCUGGCGCCAGAUCAAGACUGCCGGUUCUGCUGUGCCUGCUAACGCGCUGUACCUCCAAAAGGCUUUCCAGGCUCAAUCUGAAGAGCUUACCCCGCCAUCUGCCACUAUUGUUCCUCCAGUCUUCAUCCACCCAACCGCCUCUGUUGACCCGACUGCCAAGCUCGGACCCAAUGUUUCCAUUGGACCCCGUGUGGUUGUUGGUGCUGGAGUCCGCAUCAAGGACUCCAUCGUACUUGAGGAUACCGAAAUCCGUCAUGAUGCUUGUGUGCUGCACUCCAUCAUUGGCUGGAGCAGUCGGGUCGGUGCCUGGGCCCGUGUGGAGGGAACCCCCAUCCCAAUUGGCAGCCACUCUACCAGCAUUGUCAAGCAGGGCGUCAAGGUCCAAAGCAUUACUAUUAUUGGCAAGGAGUGUAGUGUUGGAGAUGAAGUCCGUGUGCAAAACUGCGUUUGCCUUCCGUACAAGGAGCUCAAACGGGAUGUUGCUAACGAAGUUAUCAUGUAA